ACGCCAGGCAGCACCACCGCCACCACAUCCGCUAUCAGUUUGGGGGCUUAGUCAGUGUCUCUAGGCAAACAUGUUUGUCUUCUCUCGGUUUUAAGAGAGAUUAUGUUUAACUUUAGUGUGCGUAUUUCCAUGUGAGGGAAGCAGAUGUGAAUUACACGCCUACAACACCCAACAGAUCGGCCGAGUGAAGAACUCCCUCCAAGCACCGCCAUGGCCUCCGUCCCACCGGUUGACUAUUUGCGUUUCAAAGUGAUGUGUAUCCUUGAAGGUCCAGGAGAAACCGUACUCAAAUUCAUAUUAAAAUGUGGCACUAACUCCACUUCUCCCCUCCCUUUUCAUGACUACCUUAACAACCUCCCUCAAACAUCCACGGCAAAUUUCUGUAAACUAAAUAAUCAGCAGAAAAAGAAAGCCUUUAAUAAGGAUGAAAUAGACAAGAUCAGGGACGACCCUUCGUGGGACACGUUCGAUAUCACUUUGUUAUACAAAGCUAUUCAACAUGCUUGCGAAAACGUUGCAGAGCUUAAUGAUAGUAUAGCUUGGAAGGAUCCUUGUAGGUUAGAAGGCAUGAUAACAGAGAUAAAAUAUAAGAGAAAUAUUGUUGUGCAUGAGAGGAGACAGCUGACGAAGAAUGAGUUCAAGAAAAAAGUCAGCGAACUGAAGGACCUCUUCGUGAAGGCAUUGGAGGCUGCACAGACGCGGUACAAUGUUCCUGAUCAUAAGAUUACACAAGAAAAAGACACCUUAUAUAAAAUGAUCCAGGAUAUCUUGAAAUGCUUGACAAUAGAAGAUGUUUUACGCCUAGACACCAUUAGGCAGUUACCGGUUUUCAAAAAGAUGUUUGUGACUCGUCUGCGUGAGAUCUAUGAGAGAACGCAAAUCUUUGACCCGCUCUGUUUUCUCAGUGGCUUCCCUGAUACGCAUUUAAAAGUUCAGGAUAUAUUUACCAAUAUCUUGAUUAAAAAAUACCCUGAGGAUCUUGAACUUAAUUACUUAGACAUUAUAAAAUUCACGCAAUCAUUGGGACAACAAGUUUCAUUAACUUUCCAGAAUACGCAACCACUACAGCAUCCCCGCAACACACAGCUACAACAACCAUUUCAAACCACACAGCCGCCACAACCAAUCCAGACCACACAAUCACCACUGCUUUCCCAGACCACACAGCCGCCACAACCGUUCCCGACCACACAACUGCCACAACCAUUCCAAACCACGCAGCCGCCACAACCAUUCCAGACCCCACAGCCGCCACAACCAUUCCAGACCACACAGUCACCACUACCUUCCCAGACCACGCAGCCACCACAACCAUUCCAGACCACACAGCCACCACAACCAUUCCAGACCACACAGCCACCACAACCAUUCCAGACCACACAGCCAACACAACCAUUCCAGACCGCACAGCCACCACAGCCAUUCCAGACCACACAGCCACCACAGCCAUUCCAGACCACACAGCCACCACAACCAUUCCAGACCACACAGCCACCACAACCAUUCCAGACCACACAGUCACCACUACCUUCCCAGACCACGGAGCCGCCACAACCAUUCCAGUUUACACAAUCACCACCUUCCCACACAACACAGUCACUACAACUCUCACACUCAGUUGAUCCACAAUUCCUAAUGAUUAAGGGUGUGGCAGGCAGUGGCAAGACAACCCUGCUCACUUUCAUCCUUUCUGAAUGGCUCAAAGAUGAAUGUGCCCGCCGUAUCAAAUACCUACAUGAAUAUGAUUUUGUCUUACAUAUUCUGUGCCGCGAGAGCAACUGUGCCUCACUUGAGGAAUUUCUCGAGCAGGUUCUACCACAAGUCGUUGCGUUCAGACCAAACACGCAAACUUUCUUUAGCAAGAGCAAGGUUUUAUUCCUAAUAGACGGUCUUGAUGAACGUAAUAAUUCGUCAGACCAGCUUGUUAAAGACAUCCUGUAUCGGCGUAAACUGGUACCAGAGUCCACAAUAGUUUGCACCUCUCGCCCAGAGGCAGUUGUAGACUUUCUUCAUUCAGUUCCCCAAGAAUACAGAAAAGGAGAGGGGAUGAUGGAAGGUAUUUCUCUUAGUGAUAGAACUGAAUUUGUUUUGAAAUACUAUGACUGUCUCGGUGGUAAUGGAUCACCGAAUCGUAACAGGAUUAGGCAGGUUAUGAGAAGCGUAGGUUGGCGUGAUCACUUUAGACUGCCUCUUAACCUUCUGUUUUUGGCUACACUGUUUCAUGAAAAUUCAGAUUGUGUCAUGGUGAACAUAACUCAGACCAGUUUGUACGUAACCAUGCACAAUUGGAGCGUGGAAAAACUGCACUACCGACUUGCACAAUAUCCAGAUGUUAGAAGUACUAGUCGAUUAUCACGCGAGGAGGGCAUCAAAAAAGUGUUGGAUGUAAUGUAUGAGGUGGCUCUGUUGGGUGUAUUAGAAAAUAGGCUGUUUCUUUCCGAUCAGGACUUGAGGCAGUUAAAGGAGUGUUGUAAGGUUGAAAAGCUGCCAUGGGAGGAGGUGAUGGGAGCUUUCUUUUCCUUGAGACAAACUAUAUCAGUUAACAAAACAGUCAAUCAAAUGUAUCAGGUACCCCAUAAAGGUCUUCAAGAAUUUUUUGGGGCAAAAUACAUAACGAACCAUCUUGGUAAGCACCCUGAUUCAAAAGUAAAAAUCAUCAAGUACACGUUCCAACACGUUGUGGGCUGUCUUCAGGGAUACACGUCAAAAGACAUCCAAUGGCUGCUUAAAAACCCGUCCCGGACACAACUCAAGAACUUCAGGAACCUCCUCCUUCACGUGGCGGGUCUCCUAAGCCAGCCAGAUGUGAUGUCUCGUCCUCAACACUUAAAGGAGGUGGUGGACCUGCUGGCUGAGUCUGGAGUGAACACUUGCAAUGACUGGCUAACCUUGCUGGAGGAUACGGAGAUCAAUUACACCACUCUUGAGCGUGUUGUGAAACACGUUAUAAAGGACGAAAAAAAGGCAGUAACCGUGAAUGACAGCACCAUCACUAGCGCCAAGGUCCUUCUACCUCUGAUCUCUCCGAAAGAAUUGAAUAUAGAACUACAUAGGAAGGAAUCGAACGUCCACGAUGUCGUCUUUCCACACCAUACAUACAGCGGGCUGUACUUGUGGCACUCCUUCAAGCAGCCGCACCAACAGACCAUCUCGCACUCCCUGCUGCAUGCCUUGCCCCGUGGUCUUGAGACGUUCGUGGGUCACUUAGAUGUUGACGCCACCUUGAUGCUGAGCAAGUUCCAACACCUGAAGUACCUACAGCUGGCCAUAUCAGACGACCACGACGCCAACACGAUUCUUCCCGCCAUACAUGUCGCCUGCUCUACACUUCCUAAUCUUCAGAGACUCUUUAUGCACGUGCCCGUCUGCACGGUAAGACCAGACUCAAUAACUAUCCGGCUGCCUGAUGUCAUCGAUAUGCAGCAUGGCUUUACUGGCGUGAGUCUCGUGCUGUCCGGAGUGGACGAGACGCUCAUGGAGAGAGCGGGACGAAUAGCAAGAUUACUUCUGCCCAGCAUAAUGUGGUACGGUUUUCUCAUGUUUCCGGGCAGCAACAUGACGGCAGAGGUUUGGCGGCGCUUCCUUCACGAGUUGCAAAAUACUGGUGUGAAAGUGGCGUUACGAAUUGGAGUGCCGUACCCCAGCCUCAUCACGGUGGACGAGUGGAGAGACCUAUUUACAAUCGCCAGAACUAGGAAUUUGGGUGGCUUUAUGACCUGGCCGGAAGAAAGGUUGUGGAUGUAGCCGCAGAAGUGCUCUCCGCGACGAUCAAGUACAGCGUGUGGUGUGGUGCGUUCAGUAUCCAUGCACAUCUUGGCAGAUUCAGACAUGGAAAUAUGCAAGACAUGCCGCUGGCUUCCGUGAACAAGUCAUUCUCCUUCCUGUCCCUGUGUUGGUCCAUUCUUUCAUCACUGCAUCUUCCUCUGCCUUCUCUCCGCACCACCUGUAAAAUUCGUGGGCAGGUGUACUUAAAAAAAAGUCAUUAAUAAUGUAAUUAUGUAACUACUUCUACUACUCCUACUACUACUAAAACUACUAUUACUUCUACGGUACAGCAACAACUACUACUACUACUACCACUACUAUCAACAACUGCUACUACUACUAUUAUCAUUAUUAUCAUUAUUAUUAUUAUCACUAUUAUCAGUAUUACUUAUGCUAUAAAAAGAAAUUGUGAGAAAUUUCUGUAAACGAUCAAUUAAUCAGCAGAUUUAACGAGGCAAUUGGUGUAUCGUGUCCGACGAUAAAUAUUGAAGUGGUAAUUAUGUUUAAAGGGUUUGUGCUUCGAGGUUUGUUUUUGAGUGUAUCGUUUAUGAUAACAAAAUGUUGGAGGAUUAAUUAUUUUCAUGUUUUUUUCUUGAUUAUGUAAUAGUUUUUGCAUGAGGUUUUCAAUAUGUAUUGAUUGUAGGAACUGUAUACUGUUAUAAUGAGCGAUUCGUUCUGUUUGGAAAAAUUUUGUUGUGGAUUUCGACUGGUGUAAUGUGGAACUAUCGUGGUGUGACGUGGAGCUGUGGAAGGCAGCGGAAUUGACUGAGGAAGCUGCUAUUCCCAGAUGUCGGGUCUUUUUCUGCGUCUGUAUUAGUGAUGUAUCGGAUAUAAAAUUUUAGAUAUCCGCGGAGGAGGAGCUGCAUAUGUAAUAUUCAUAGAAUGCAGUUGAGGAUAAAAAUGCGGAGCUUAAAAUAUAAUUUUUUGCGGAUGCGGAUGCGGAUUAUCUUCACCUCCAUAUCCACGUUUGCAGAUGCGGAUUUUUUUUUUACAUAUCACAGUAACUUAUGCUGUAUAUACAGUACUAUUUACUAUAUACUAUGCUAUACUUACUCUCAUUUCAAUAAAUUCGCCAACUUCCAUACUCUAUCACACCUGCGUUCUCUUUCACUCACACUGACUCUCUCAGGCCGGUUCACACCAGUUCGUUUUUACGGUUUCCGUCUCCUUUCACCGUCCAACAAUGACUUCACAAAAACGGAGUCCGUACUGAACGGACGAGAUGGCCGCCGUCUCCGUAUCCAUGGUUUGUUAACAUAGCCGCGCGAAGAGACCUCCUCGACAAGUAAUUUGUAUACUUGUUGCCAUCUUGCUGCUCGCAGCUGACGAAAAGAGGUCAGUGAGGUGGAGAAGAGCGUCAUUUAAUGUACAGUAAAUAAGCAUCAGUAACUACAAGCUAGUGAAUCCUGCAAACCACGGUGGAGGCAGUAGUGUGUGCUAUAUGAAUGCACUUUUUUUUUUCCUUUUCAUGUAGAAGGGACACCGGCCAAGGGCAACAAAAUCCGAUGGAAAAAAAAAAAAUGUCUACUGAGAUUCCGGUCCCCGAAUGGGGUCCAAAGGGGUAGUCAAAAAUUAAAGGAUAAGUGUCUUCAAACCUCCCUCAUGAAUGAAUUCAAGUCACAGGAAGGUGGACAUACAGAAGGAGGCAGGGAGUAUCAGAGUUUACCACAGAAAGGGAUGAAUGAAUAAGUAUACUGGUUAACUCGUGCUUUAGAGAGGUGGACAUAAUAGGGGUGAGAGAAAGAAGAAACCCUUGGGCAGAGAAGCAAUGGGAGGAGGGGAGGCAUGCAGUUAGUAAGAUCAGAAGUUAGCAUGAAAAUAGCGGUAGAAGAUAGCAAGAGAUUCAACAUUACGGGAAUCAGAAAAAGGCUGAAGACAGUCAGGUAGAGGAGAGGAGUUGAGACGAAAAGCUUUUGAUUUCACCCUGUCUAGAAGAGCAGUAUGAGUGAAAGCCCCCAGACAUGAGAAGCAUACUCCAUAUAUUGACGGAUAAGGGCUCUGUACAUAGUUAACAACUGGAAGGGUGAGAAAAACUCACGUCUCUGAACACCUAACUUCAUAAAAGCUGUUUUAGCUUGACAUGAGAUGUGAAGUUUCCAGUUUAAAUUAAGUAAAGGACAGACCGAGGAUGUUCAGUGUAGAAGAGGGUAACAGUUGAAUGCCAUUGAAGAAGAAGGAAUAGUUGUCUCGAAAGCUGUGUCGAGUUGAAAGAUGGAGGAAUUCAGUUUUGAGACAUAGAACAAUACUAAGUUUGCUCUGCCCCAUUCAGAAAUUUUAGAGAGAUCAGAGGUUAGGCGUUCUGUUGCUUCUUUGCGUGAACUGUUUACUUCCUAAAGAGUUUGACAUCUUCGAAAAGACGUGGAAAAGUGCAGGGUGGUAUCAUCAGCAUAUGAGUAUAUAGGACAUGAAGUUUAGUUUAAAAGAUCAUUGAUGAAUAAUAGAAAGAGAGUGGGUGACAGGACAGAACCCUGAGGAACAUCACUGUUAAUAGAUUUAGGAGAAGAACAGUGACCGUCUACCACAACAGCAAUAAAACAGUCAAAAAGGAAACUUGAGAUGAAGUUACUGAGAGAAGUAUAGACGCCAUAGGAGGGUAGUUUGGAAAUCAAAGCUUUGUGCCAGACUCUAUCAAGAGCUUUUGAUAUGUCUAAGGCAACACCAAAAGUUCCACCAAAAUCUCUAAAAGACUAUGAACAAGACUCAGUAAGGAAAGCCAGAUCACCAGUAGAGCGGCCUUGCUGGAAGCCAUACUGGCGAUCAAAUAGAUGGCUGUGAAGUGAUAAAUGUUUACAGAUCUUCCAGUUGAGGAUAGAUUAAAGAAAUUUAGAUAAGCAGGAAAUUAAAGUAAUAGGACGGAAGCUUGAGGGAUCAGAACAUUCACCAUUUUUAGGGAGAUUCUGGUGGUGGAAAGCUCAAGUAUCUUUCGUGGGCCAGAUCUCUAUCACAUAUAGCACGAGAACAGGUUGUGUUAAAUCAAGGUUUGGAAGGUUUAGGUAGAGAUAAAAGAAUGAUGAAUGCCAGACACUAUCACCUCUGUUAUGCGUUCGGUACACAGAGACGGAUCUCUGACACGGAAAUAGUAGUCAUUCCAUGAUAAUUAGCAAUCUAUUUCCUCAGGUCCCCCAACUAAUAGAGGCAAAACGCCAGAGGCACCUCCACUUACAGAAAUCCCGAGGAGCGAUAGGAGAAGAUACAAAUAUGAGAUUGUGAUCGGAAGAGCCCAAUAGAGAAGAGAGGGUGACAGCAUAAGCAGGAUUAGAAGCUAGGAAAAGGUCAAGAAUGUUGGGCGUAUCUCCAAGACGGUCAGGAGUACGAGUGGGGUGUUGCACCAAUUGCUCUAGGUCGUGGAGGAUAGCAAAUUUCAAGGCUAGUUCACCAGGAUGGUCAGUGAAGGGAGAGGAAAGCCGAAGCUGGUGGUGAACACUGAAGUCUCCAUGAAUGGAGAUUUCCGUAAAAGGGAAGAGUCAGAAUGUGCUCCACUUUGGAAGUUAAGCAGUCAAAGAAUUUCUUAAAUUAGAUUAAAUAUUUAAAUCUUUAAAUAGAUUAAAUCUUUUUCCACGAAUAAUGUACAAAAAAAAAAAAAAUUCAAUAUAGCAUUAUCACAUUACAAGGCAAUUAUUCAAUAACGUUUUCCCAUAUACAUGAGUACCAUCCCCAGAACAUUAAAAAUAUCAGCACGUGCAACACUAUGCUCGUUUCUCCGUAUAAAAUUUAACCUCUGUUCAUCUCUUCCGGUCAACGGCGUCCGCUCAAGCCGAGGCAGAAACGAAGGCCGGUUCCCACUACCGUCGCUCGAAUGGAAUCGGUGGUGACGUCAUUGUUGGAUGGUGUAUGGAAACGGAAUCCGUAAAAAACGGAUUAGCCUAAACAGGGCCUCAGUCUCACUUUAAUGAACACUCACUCCCCAUCCCCAUUCUGACUAUCACACUUUAUCUUAUUUUCAUAAUCUAACUCACGCUUGUUUUCCGUACAUGCUGACUCGCACGGUCAUACUUAAACACCCUUGUUUACUCGUAUUCUCCUCUUUUCACUCCGGUCUACACCCAUUCUCUCUCUCUCUCUAUCAAUCUCUCAGCUCACUAACACACUUUUCACUCAAAUCAGUCACGCUUACCCUCGUUCUCAGGCAAACUUAGCCUACUACAACUCACACACUAGUGACUCCCCACACGAGUCUCUCUCUCUCUCUCUCUCUCUCUCUCUCUCUCUGGUUUACACUUACACUCAACCUCACAAACUGACAUUCUCCCUCGCUCUUCCUUCCACUGUGGCAGUGGUGUCAUUUGCCCCCAAUCUAUGUUAUUUUAUUAUCGACAGAAAGAAAAUUGCAUGGAAAGUAGGACAAGUGUAUAUGAGUUGCCAAGAUAUAUAUCAGUAGCAGCAUUCAAUAAGCACUAAGCACGUGUACACACACACGCACACACACACACACGCACACACACACACACACACACACACACACACAAACACACACACACACACACACACACACACACACACACAGAGAGAGACACACAAUUCCACCACGUGGUUAUCUUGGCAACAGUGAAUAAUGCAGAUCCGUGGAUCCGGAGGCGGAGCUUUUCUUAUCCAAAAAUGCAGUUGCGGAUAUUGAUGCAGACCCUUUUUUAUGGGACUGGCAUUUCAGUGGGCAUUUUUUUUUAUUAGAUUUUUGUUGCCCUUGGCCAGUGUCUUUCCUACAUAAAAAAAAAAAAAAAGAUCUUUUAUUGUUAAAAUCGGGUGCAGAUUGUAAUACGGAUAUUAAUUUCACAGCGAAGGCUCCGCGGAGACGGAGGCGGAUAUCCGAUACAUCACUAGUCUGUACUUCAUGCCGAGCACACGCAAGCUGUGUACCGAGUAGGCGAUUGUCGGUUGAGCUGGUUUGUGUCCACUGGAAGAUUAUGGGAGGUAACAUGUUAUUACCUUACUGUUAUGUUAUUUGUAACACAAAUAUUUCCAUGUCUUGAGUUUACAUGACAUUAAUGUACUCGUGUAUUGUGUGUUUAUGUUCUGUGGCAGUGUAUGUUGUCAUUGCGAGUUGUAUUGUAUUGUAUUGUAUUGUAAGGUUGUUUGAUAGGAAUAAGGCUCCGCAACAUUGCGGUCAAGUAGCGCCGCUACAAAUGUUCAAAGCAACACAGACAGUAGGUUAAAAAGUUUAUAUUAAAAAAAAAAUAUUGGUAUGGUAAAAACAUUAAAAACACUAAAAAAUAAAGUAUAUAAAAGAAAAUGGGAUUAAGCAACAAAAACUAGAAUGCAAAUUGAAGUUGUUAGUUGAAUGCACUGAUCAAACCCAAUGACUUAGAGCAGCACGACCGACGUUUAUUCGUGUCGUAUCUAAGGCAGUGACCCCAUUAACCAUAUAUCUAGCGUUGUUCGUUAUGUGCCCAAGAUGCUGACUCUACUGAUCUACUGUUUAUGUGUCUUCUUCACUUGGGCCCAGGUUCUCCCAGUGCAAGAGUGAAGUUCCGUCUUAUACAUAUAGCACUGGUAAAGUAAAAUAAAAAAACAUAUUUAAAGAAAACCUAUAAUUUAUUCGAAAGACCAGUCUUCUCCAUAAACGUGAGGGCAUCAUGUCCCGGAAAAAGAGACCUCUCUCCAAGUAUAUGUGAGAUGUAGAACGUCCCAUCCUCAUCGCGACAAUGGAAGAAAUGUCGCUUUCGCAGGUCCACUGGGACUGGGACGCUUUACCAGAAAGUGCCGCACUGUAAGAAGGACUAAGCAGUCAUCAUAUUAUGGUUGUGUUUGCCGUAAUCAUGCGUGAAAGGCGUGUGACCGGUCCGGAGACAGGUCAGUACCGCCUCUGAGAGGCGCCCCUGCACACGGAUAUACGUCCACUUACGGAAAGCAAAAUACGUUAUUAUCCCCUUCUUCGCCAUGGUAACCAAAUCCUCCCAUCUGUUCUGUCAGCUGGCAAGAAUUGCCACACGUAUACUCGAGUACAUGUCAUGAGAUGGAACAGGGAUGGAAGAAACAACCCAAUUUACCGCCUCUUUAGCCAGCCUAUCCGCCUUUUCAUUCCCCGAAACUCCCACAUGUGUCGGACCCCGCAAAACCCAACGUGGUAGCCUCUAUCAAUCUAGUCUUUCAAAACAAACUUCUUGUCCUAUCACUUUUCCGCUGACGAUACCAUCAUGCACUUCUCUACGUCUUUUCCUAAACGUCCAACCCUUCACAAAAAAACAAAAAAAAAAAAACACUCCAGGCAGGGAAGCCGCAGAAUGCCUGAAUUCUGAUUUCUCUAAAAUUUCUGAUUGGGACAGAGCAAACUUAGUACUGUUCAAUACUUCAAAAACCCAGUUCCUCCAUCCAUCAACUCGACACAACCUUCCAGACUGGUGUUCCUUCUUCUUCAGUGACACUCAACUGCCCCCUCUUCUACACUGAACAUCCUCGUUCUGUCCUUUACUUAUAAUCUAAACUGGAAACUUCACAUCUCAUCUUUAGCUAAAAACAGCCUCUAUUAAGUUGGGCGUUCCGAGUCGUCUCCGCCAGUUUUUCUCACCCUGCCCACCCUCCCUCAGCUGCUAACUUUGUAGAGGGGUCUUAUCCAUCCAUGUAAGGAGUAUGCUUCACAUGUAUGGUGGGGUUCCACUCAUACCUCCUUUUUUAGACAAGGUGGAAUGAAAAGCUUUUCGUCUUGUCAACACCUCUCCUUUAACUGACUGUCUUCAGCCUCUUCUGAUUUUGCUAACUGCAUUCCUUCUCUCUUCCCGCGGCCUCGAUGCACAAAACUUUCUUCUCUUUCUCAUCCCUAUUUUGUCCACUUCUCUAAUGCAAGUGUAUUCUCAAUCAUUCAUCCCUUUUUUCAGGUAAAUUUUGCUUGCUUCUGUACUUCCUUCUUCCUAUGACGAACUAUUUCAUGAGGGAGAUUUGAAGACAUUAUCUUUCAUUUUUCGGUUAUUCUCUUGACAUCUCUUUUGGGACUGUCACGUAAGUGGGAUUUUUUUUUUUUUUUUUUACCGCUUUUGUUUCUCCAUGGCCAAGUAAAUUCUGGAACUCUCUGCCUGCUUCUGUACUUCCUCCUUCCUAUGACUUGAACUAUUUCAUGAGGGAGGUUUCAAUUUUCGAUUAUUCUCUUGACGUCUCUUUUGGGACUGGCGCAUAAGUGGAUUUUUUUUUUUUUCACCGGUUUUGUUUCCCUUGGCCAGUGACCGUCUUAUGUAAAAAAAAAAAAAAAAAUCCUUUUGUCUAAUAAGAAGUUUUUGCCUGGCACAACCGAGAUGAAUUAACCGAGAAUUAGCCAAGUAAAAAAUGUCCUGCUCUUGCUUUCUCGAGAACGUCUCCCUGCAGUAGAAGCAAUAAGAUUCUGAUUCGCAUUCAGGAGUAUGGUGUGAGUCAAGGGCUGAGCAGUGACCGCACAUGGGACAAUUAUGAUAGUUCUUCCUCCCAUGACCCAACACAUAACACCAAUACUUUACCAAGACUUUACUGAGAGAGUCAAUAAAAGAACCAUAAAAAGUGAGCAUAAUCAUGUUACUAUUUCCUUUAAUUUUGGCCAUUCGUUGAACAUUAUCAGGACGUAAGUGAUGGAUGUCAUCUUCUGAGGGUUCAUACAGGUCCUGUUUAUAAAUGCGUCCUUUGCAGUAACUGAAUGUUCGGUGUAUCUUUAUGGAUUUAAAGAUCCCAUCGUAUGUUGUCCAACACUGAGAGUUGGCUUAGUGUUUCACUUCCUUUUGCUUAACUUGUAGACUGUGUAGCGUUCCUUUUGUGAUGUUUAUAGUUGUUGGUGAGUGUGGCCACUAGCGAAUGAGAAGUCUAUUCUCCUUUUCCUCCUUUUUAUUAGGAAAAAAAAAUAAAAAAUAAAGUUCUUCACAAAAUAACAAAGUUCGGCAUAGAGCAGUCACAUAACACUUACGCUGUUGUCCUGCUUUAUGACUGUUAAGGAGGUAACGUCUAAAAGGUUUAAGCGCUGACUGACAGACUGAUCAAAUGAAGGAUAGAAGUAUCUGAGGUUGAAACUAUGUAAUUGUAAUUGUCCAAUAGCAAUGGACUUGAAAUUUAUUUCACGUGGUUUAAGACGUGGUUAGUGUUAGCUGUGACCAAUGAGAAUGAAUUAUUUACCAAGCUGACGAGUGCAUAGAGCAAUCUCCUCUUGUUUAACGAAGUUCACGCUGAGGUAAUGUUCACCUUUGAACCGUCAUGUUCAAAUGCCUUUACUUCCUUCUGUCUUCUAUCUGUUACCUUCUAAUGAUAGCUCUUCAUUCCUAUUCCUGGAUUCAUCUGUUUCUAAAUCAUACCUCUUGUACGUCUCAGCAAGCUACCGCUUGUCGUCUCGACAAGAUAUCUAAGUGAUAUGGUUUUAACUUUUCAUAUUUGAAUUUAUCAGUAGUAAUUAGAUUAAUAUCAACUCUGACAAAUACUUUUACAAAUCCAUCAAGAAAAUACUCUUACAAGACACUCUACAAGCCUCACGGCGUGUAGUAAUAAACCAAGUUUUGAAUGAAUGUCUGUGUUUCCAUGUUUACUUUCAACAAUUCAAGAUUCAUUUCGUCGGUCAGCAAGAAAAUGUUCAUUUCUAUUUCUUGAUUUUCAAUAAUUUCUGUGUCAUCUCUAUUAACUUGAAGAACAUUGCGUUUAGGCAAUGAACCCUGUAAAGUAUUUACCAUGAACCGUAUAUGAGCGUGUAGUCUUAUAUUGAUACUGAUAACCUCUAAAUCUGUAACAACAUUAACUGCAGCUGCUAUUGCUACACUUCUCUUAUGUCGUGAACUUGGCAGGCAUUAUUUUCUAAAUUGUGAGCUUGGCUGUCAUCCUUUUCUUGAAGUUUAUUCCGUACAACUCUAAUACCUUCCUAUCAAGUAAUCAACAUAUCUCUCAAAAUACUAUCAAAGCUGUAAGAAUUUCUUAACAAUUAAUUCAUCCUCAUUAUGUCUUCUAAUUUCUUCACUAGGGCUCCAGCAGCCACAGGAUCCCAGACCAAGGUUGUCUGUCCUAACAGCACUAUGCAUGUUUGUCACCAAUGUCAUGUUCACAUGUAGAAGGAAUUGCAAUCAAUAUUUAAUUCAUGUAGUAAGUCACGAACAUAUCUAUCAAACUCGUCUUGUAAAAGAAGUUUAGUUAUGUUGCAAAAUAAUAAAAGAUUUUAUGAGUCACUGCUCUGUGAA